AGUAAUAAGAAUGGCGGAGCUAGCGAUGUUGGACUAGGUGGAGUGAACGGUUGCUUCGGGGCGUCUUAAGGAGUUAGUGGGAAGAACGUUCCCCGGGAUAUGCCCGCCUUUCUACGGACGAAAUUUUUUUUGCAGAUUAAGCUGACAGUGUCACAGACAUCCAUUAACCUACCUCAUACCUUAUUUGGAAGACAACUUCUCUUAGAGUGGUUCCUGUGGUUUUUGGGGUAUGUGCAGUGCCCUGAGUAACCAUGGACUCCAAGGAGAAGCAUCAGGAUGAAAUGACUACAAAUUUGGGUCUGACCACAACAAAAGCCCUAACGAUUCUGAGAGACCAACUAUCAACAUUGCUGGAAGGACAUCAGAAGGAAAGGAAAAAGGUGAUUUCAUGGAAGGAAGUAUGGAAGGCCAGUUUUCUAUAUCAUGGCAACCGUUGUUCCUGUUUUCACUGGCCAGGGGCAUCUCUGAUGCUUCUAACUAUGCUGCUACUAUUCUGCUGCUAUGGGAGCCAACCCCAAGGAAGUGAAGGUUCAGAAAUUGUAAAUGGCUUGGCACUGUUCUUCCUGGUGCUACUGGACCUCUUUGUGAUUGGACGGCAAGAAAGGAUGAAACACCGAGAAAUUGAGAGGAGACUUCGGAAAAUCAUCAGCAGAAUAAAUGAUGCUUUAAAAGAGAAUAAAGAACUCAUCUGGACAAAAACUAUGUACCCUGACCUUCACAUGCCCUUUGCGCCAUCCUGGUCGCUCCACUGGGUCUAUAGGGAUGGUCACCUUGUCAACCUCCCAGUAAGCCUGUUGGUAGAAGGUGAUAUUGUUGCUCUAAGGCCAGGACAGGAAUCUUUCACCUCUCUUAGAGGGAUUAAGGAUGAUGAACACAUUGUCUUAGAACCAGGGGAUCUGUUUCCUCCUUUUUCUCCCCCACCUUCCCCCAGUGGGGAAGUGAAGAAAGGACUCCAGAAUCCUCAGAUGUUUCGACUUUUUCGGGUCACAAAAACACCAGUGAUUGAAAAUGUUCGGUUAUGUUUAGACAUGGGUUUAUCACGGCCUGUGACUGCUCUAGAUAACGAGAGAUUCACAGUACAGUCAGUGAUGCUGAAGUUUGCUGUUCCGGUUGUGCUGCUUGGCUUCCUGAUCACCAAUACCAUGCGUUUUUUUUUCAUGGCGGGUGGAAUAGUCCCUUGGCCAUACAUGUUUCUUCAGCUUCAGGUUAAUGGAGUCUUGCCUAUCCUCCCACUCCUGUUUCCAGUCCUAUGGAUUCUUGCCACAGCUUUUGGUGAAGCCAGAGUUCUAGCCCAGAUGAGCAAAGCUUCCCCUACAUCCUUGCUGGCUAAGUUCUCAGAAGACACACUCAGUAGCUACACAGAGGUGGUAUCUUCCCAGGAAAUGUUACGGUGUAUCUGGAGCCAUUUCCUGCAAGUUCUGAAGGGCAAGUCACCAACACUCACCUUCACCUCUAGUCUGCUUCACAGUCUGGGAUCUGUCACAGUGCUCUGCUGUGUGGAUAAGCAAGGAAUUCUGUCCUGGCCUAACCCCAGUCCAGAGACGGUUUUGUUCUUUAGUGGCAAGGUGGAACCUCCUCACAGCAGCCAUGAAGAUCUGACAGACGAACUCUCCACACGCUCCUUCUGCCACCCAGAGAUGGAUGAAGAGCCGCAUGAAAGGGAUGCUUUGCUCUCAGGCCCCUUGUCGGACAUGGUUCGCAUCAGCAACGAGCAAGACAGGGCUGAGUGGUCCACCAGCAAUACUCCCAAGUCUUCUGAUACUCAGAUUCACAAGAAACCAGCAGGUCGUAGCAAGCACCCUUCAGGAUCUAAUGUGAGCUUCAGCAAAGACAUUGAAGGAGGAGAUGAGGAGACAACUCAGGUGGAAGGUGACAUUGAUGGCCUAGCCUGCGAGGCCGAAGACUUUGUCUGCGAUUACCAUUUGGAAAUGCUUAGCCUGUCUCAAGAUCAGCAGAAUCCUUCCUGCAUCCAGUUUGAUGAUUCCAACUGGCAGAUGCACUUGACCUCUCUGAAGCCCCUGGGCCUGAAUGUGCUGCUCAACUUGUGCAACGCGAGUGUGACGGAACCCCUCUGCCGCUUCUCUGACCACUUGUGUAACCUCGCCUUGCAAGAGACGCAUCAUGCUGUCUUGCCGGUUCACAUACCCUGGGGGCUUUGUGAACUUGCCAGACUAAUAGGGUUUACACCGGGUGCCAAAGAGCUUUUCAAGCAGGAGAACUACAUGGCCCUCUACCGCCUGCCUUCCGAUGAGAUGGUGAAAGAAGUGAUGCUUGGGAAGCUCUCCUUCAUCACCAAGAGGAGGCCGCCUUUGAGUCACAUGAUCAGCCUUUUCGUGAGAGACACCACAACCAGCACGGAGCAGAUGCUUUCCCAUGGGACUGCUGACAUCAUCCUGGAGGCCUGCACAGAUUUCUGGGAUGGCUCGGAUAUCUACCCACUUUCUGGUUCUGACAGGAAGAAAGUGCUGGAUUUCUACCAGCGUGCCUGCCUUUCGGGUUAUUGUUCUGCCUUCUCCUAUAAGCCCAUGCACUGUGCCUUGUCUUCCCUCCUGAACGGCAAAUGCAUAGAACUGGUGCAGGUCCCUGGGCAAAAUGCCAUCUUCACCUCUUGUGAUCUUCCAGGAACCAUACCCAUCAAGCAGAACAGCCGCCGAAAUAGCUGGAGCUCAGAUGAAGGGAUCGGGGAAGUGAUGGAGAAGGAGGACUGUAUCCAGGCUUUGAGUGGCCAGAUCUUCAUGGGCAUGGUCUCCUCCCAGUAUCAGGCCCGAUCUGAUGUCGUUCGCCUCAUCGAAGGACUAGUCAAUGCUUGCAUUCGUUUUGUCUAUUUCUCCCUGGAAGAUGAGCUGAAGAGUAAGGUGUUUGCUGAGAAGAUGGGUCUUGAGACUGGCUGGAAUUGCCAUAUAUCUCUAACUCCCAAUGGAGAUGUGCCUGGUUCUGAAAUCCCUCCCUCCAGCCCCAGUCAUGCAGGCUCCUUGCACGAGGACCUUCCUCAAGUCUCCCGAGAAGAUGCGGAGGGGAUUCUAUUGAUGGAGGAGGAAGGUCACUCAGAUCUUAUUAGCUUCCAGCCAACAGACAGUGAUAUCCCCAGUUUCCUGGAGGACUGUAACAGGGCCAAACUACCCCGGGGAAUCCACCAGGUGAGACCCCACCUGCAGAACAUUGACAACGUGCCUUUGCUCGUUCCUCUGUUUACAGAUUCCACCCCAGAAACCAUGUGUGAGAUGAUCAAGAUCAUGCAGGAGUACGGGGAAGUCACUUGCUGCCUGGGUAGCUCUGCAAACUUGCGCAACAAUUGCCUUUUCCUCCAGAGUGAUAUCAGCAUAGCAUUGGAUCCUCUCUAUCCCUCUCGAUGCUCCUGGGAGACCUUUGGUUAUGCUACCAGCACAAACCUGACCCAUAUUUCUGAUGAGCUCACGCCUCUUCAGCUCUCUGGCCAGCUGAAUAGCUUAUCCUGCUCCUUGUCUAUUUGUCCCGAAGAAACAAUUGGGAUCAUCAGACUUAUAGAGCAAGCCCGGCAUGCAACCUAUGGCAUACGGAAGUGCUUCCUUUUUCUUCUGCAGUGUCAGCUGACUCUGGUCAUCAUUCAGUUCUUGUCUUGCCUGGCACAACUGCCUCCCAUUCUCAGUACCACUGACAUAUUGUGGCUUUCGUGCUUCUGCUACCCAUUGCUAAGUGUGUCCCUUCUGGGAAAGCCCCCUCAUAGUUCCAUUAUGUCAAUGGCGACUGGGAAAAACUUGAUCUUCAUUCCUAAAAAGACUCAGCAUUACUUCCUCUUCUGCUUCCUGUUGAAGUUCAGCCUCACCAUCUGUUCCUGCUUGGCUUGUUUUGGCUACUUGCUGCAAGAUUACUGUGCAAACUUCAACUCAUCCAACUUCAGCAUGAAUGUCACAGGCUGCUUCUCCCUUGUGCUGCAAAGUGGAGCAGAACGUCCGCCAGAUUGGUUUGGAACUUUCUCCAAUGUUAUUCUCCUAGCCCAGAAAUUUACAGCUGGAAUGAUUGUCUUACACAUUGUGUUUAUAUCAGUCACCCAUGUCCAUCGUACCAAACCACUGUGGAAGAAAAGCCCCUUCACUAACUUCUGGUGGACUCUGACAGUAGUGGUUGUGUUGCUGGGCCAGGUUGUUCAGACCUUUGUGGACUUGAAACUGUGGGUGAAUUCUGAGUCUCCAGUGACUUACCAAGUGAAUGACAUUCCCAUGGCCUCCUGGCUGCUGGGGUUGCUCUCUCUUGUCCUUGUGGUGAUAAUCAAUGAGACUGUCAAACUCCACGAAAUCAGGGUUCGGGUGCGUUACCAGAAGAGACAGAAGCUGCAGUUUGAAACUAAGCUGGGCAUGAAUUCUCCUUUUUAAUCCCUUCACGUUGGAUGUGCCCUAGAGGGCUGCAUGUCCCUUUUGUGCCCAGCCUUGUCACUUAGGAGAGAGGGAGAGCAACAGCCUUACAGAGGAAUCCCUCUAUGGUCUGAUUGAAAGGUCAGCAGGGGUCCAGGCAAAGGGUUGACAUUGGGACAAUGACACACAGACAGCUGUCCUUGCCAUUAUUUAUUUUGGGACCUCCUCCAGUGAUGCUUCUUGGAAUCUCUCCGGUUGGCAUGGAUCUAAGAGCAGGAAAUUGUCCCUGAUAACUUUUUCAGGUUCCAUGAUUUUAAUCUUUAAUUGUCACUUGUUGACCUCUCUGCUGUUGGCUGCUUCUGUUCAAGUGUGUCUGGCUUUCCCUGUCCUGCUAGGCCCUGCAAGGAAGGCCCAAAGAGGCCCUCAGCUGCAGCUGCAGCAGCAAAGUUUCCCUCUCCUAAUAUAGUGGUGAGACUGCCCUUUGGAAGAGAGAGGAACAAACCACGGCUGAAGUAAAGUAUUGGAGAGAAUUGGAUGCAAAAGUGACUUGCAGGCAGGCUCUCAAAUUAAACUCCCCUGGGACAUGAUGUUGUCUGUUAUCCCUAACUAGCAAGCCAGGCCUUUCAUCCAUACAGUGAGAGCAUUGAUGGGGAAAGUUAGUUUGUGGGUUUCUCAGCUUGGCCAGGUGCCAUAUUUUCUUAACGCUCCAUGCUAAUUGGCUAGAUUUGGGUAUGUGUGGUAAUGUUUCACACACACACACACACCCAAGGACUGGGAAGCCACAAGAAUCCAUGCGAAAUGGUAAACAUGGAAGUCAAAGUGUCCCCCAAAAGUCGCCUGAACCAGAGCUGUGGCAGGAGUUUGUAUUUCCUUCUGUGAGAGCACAUUUGCAGGCAACUGUCUCCAGUUGCUUUGAAUGCGUGAAGGCAGGUGACGCUGGCCGUAUCUCUUCCUGCCUCAAGUCCAUGGGCUGGAUGGUCACUUCUCAGGCCCAGCAGAGAGAGGCCUUUAGCUGAAUGUCGUCCUUGCGUAUACUUCAAAGCAUAUUUGAGCGGAAUCUCGAGUUAGUGAACUUACAAACACAAAAUACCUCAUUCCAAAGUCUUGCCCCCCGAGAAAAGAUAUUUUUCUGAUGGGAACCUGCAUACCCCUACCCCUAUCUCGUUUCUUAAAAGGCCAGUUUAGCUAUGAAGAGUAAUUUUCUCUAAGCAGAAGGCUAGCGCCAUUAUGUUCUGCUCUCAGUUUUCUUUCCACUUCUUCAGAUUAUUGUCCUAUAAUAAGGCUAUAUUGUAUGAUCCAUAUUAAGGCUGUCCCAGACAUAACAUGCAGGUAAAAUAGUGGGAGAUGUUUAAUUUAAAAACUGUUUUGGUCAGAUUUUGAGCUGCAGCGUAACACACCCAACUGCCAUAGAUAAGGGUGAGACAAUCCCAAUUCAUUUCUUACUGCUGUAUUUAAAAUUACUGAUUGAUUGUGACUGAUCCCACAGUGCUCUGAGGGGACAUUAUCUUUCCAUAGUGGGCAAAAUGAUAUUCAGCUUUGCCAGGAAAUAAUCACAGAUUGAUGCCUGACAGUAUUGGGACACUUUUCUGAAAAAAAGAGAAGGUUUUCUAUCUGGAAGAUUUUUAGAAACUUGAUCUAUGGUCCUCCACGUACAACAAGCAGAGUUUAUUGAUUUGUGACCUCUAAUUGAUUUGGCCUUGGGAAAGUGAUCAGUAACUUAUUAUUACAUUUCUAAAUAGUUUACUGCCUAGACAUUUCCUUUUGUUCAACUUUGCUGCCGUCCACAUAUAGUUAAAGCCUGUCAUUUUCUCAAUUUAUUAUUAUCUGGAUUUCUAAGAACAAUGAGGUUUGGAAUAUGUAUUCUGGUCCACACAACCAUUUUAUUAACAAGCUACGAUGUGGUCCAUGAUCUGAAUCCUUUUUGGGGUUGAGUAACCUGCUCAAUCCCAGGUUAAAAUGCCAGGAUGUGGAGAAAGGGAGGGGUUCCUUUGCUGUAGGAAUAAGGAUUUCCUAACAGAUUUUUAAAAACCCUCUUAGGCCAUUUUAAUAUAUAACAGUGGAUGAAAACCAAGUCUCCUAGAGAAGGUGCUUCCUAUAAUUAUUAUUUUUCUAUCUCUCAAAGCUAAAAAUGACUUUUCUCCUCCUCCUCUCCUAUUCUCAUCUCUCCUUAGUGGUACUCAAUUAGAGUUAUCCCAUGACUGAAAAGCCUUUUUCAUGGUGGUCUCCUGAAGAACUUGCUGCCUUUAGUCAGACAGGGCUUCAGAAAAGUGUGGGGCAUUGCCUUAGGAACGAAUUUCACUUAACAGUUUGUUUUUAAAUGGUGUACAUUUUAUAUUUAAGAUUUUUGGGAUGGAUGUAAAAUAGAUUUGUAUUAAAACUUGUAAAUUGUAUAAAGAAACCAAGAGCACCUGAUAUGAAUGGCAAUAAAUGAUUGUCUUUGAUA